GUGCAUACUGCAUAGCUAGGGGCUCCGGAAAAAAAAAGUGAGUCCUGACUUUUUCGCAUCACAAGGAAAUCCUAAACGGACUUCCCUUUCUCACAAGUCACGUACAAUCCUCCCUCUUGUUCGUCUUUGGUCUAGCCCCCUCCCCUCAUAUGCAUCUCAUUAAAUUAAAUAAAUUUAUGAAUUUCCAGUUUCGAAUUGAUUUUCCCUGCUGCUGAUGAUAUCGUCGCCUUCUUUCCCUCGCACCAGGAGCGUUCAAAUGCACAAAAUCUCUUUGGUUGCUUUGUAUGCACAUACGUUUUUGUUCAUUGAAUGCAUGGAUCUACAUAUAUCUUUAUGUGGAAACGUAACUGCUGAUAUUAUAUAUCAUUAGCCAGAUCUCUGUGUGUGGAGAUUAUAGCAGUUCCAAAGCUAGUUUUCUGUCAUGAGUCCUUAUGGUGCUGGUCAGAAGUUAUCAGUCUCUCCUAAAUCAACGGAUGAACCCUUCAAGGAAACAGAUGAUAAUUUGUGUAGUAGUGUCAACUUUCUUGAUGUGUGCAUGUUUCCACGGAAAGGAAAAGGGUCCAAAGAUUCAAAAUCACAGAGCCGAGCCCAAAUAUCAGGAAGAGAUGUCAGUGUUUCUGCAGUGAAUAAUGCAUCAGUUCUUCUUAAGAGUGUGAGUAUUACCCGCAAGAGAAUAAACAAUCGUAGGAAACCAGCUCCACCAUCAGCUUGGAGAUUACUGGGGAGUUCUUUAAAUGGUUCUGAACCGAGUGAUGGGGUUGAGAUAGUUGCGCAUGAGCCAAGCGAAGCAAGAAGAGACAAUGUGGAUAAGAAAAGUGAAAAGGUGGAAAUUAACCAGACAGCUCAACAUGAACAUAAACCUGUGAGAAAGAAUCGCAUUUCCUUGAAAGUUAAAUUUGGUAAUCGCUGCCUGAUGGAUGUUCUCCCUCUUAUUCAAAAUGGAAAUGAAAUACAUUCUUCUAUUGUGAAAGAACCACUCAGUGUUUGUGAUGACAUUGAUACAGAGUUUUCUAGAAGUGUAGGUAUCGAUGGGUUCAAUGGAUGCCCGGGCAAGUCAAUGACGCUUCCUGAUAUUUCUAUUUCGAAUCUAUGCCUAGAUGGAAACCCUGUUGCUGAAAAAAUGGCUGAAAAAUCUUUGGAGGAGCAUCUCAAGCAGCCUGCCCAGACAGAUCUUGAGAAAUUGGGAACAGCAGUUGACAACAGGUGCUCAGGUCCUGGAACUUCCCCAGAUUCAGAAGUUAUCAACGUCAGUUCUGGUGCUCCCAUCAGUCAAAAAGUCAUAAAAGACUCACCUAGUAUGUUGUCCAACCAAGCAUAUUUUUCUUCUAGAGAUGGUUUAAGUGUGGGUGGACAAAAAAAGAGCCUGAAAAAAAGAAAGAAAAAAGAUAGGCUGAAAGAAAAAGGUAGGCUAGACAAGGUGUCAGAUUUCUGUACAAAUGGUACGAUUCCUAGUUUAGAAUUUGUGAAUAAUGACAAAUCGGUUCCUAAUGGCUCUAAUUGUGGCAAUUCCUCUGCUUUAACUACUACUGAAAAUAUAUCUGGCGAUGUGCUUGUCAAUGAGUUGCAUUCUAAGGGGUCAUUACCUUCACCAGUACUGGAUGUUCAUGGAAUCUCCAAUGCAAUUUCAGAGUAUGAACUCAGAGAGGACAAUUUUUGUUACAGCCUUAAUACUGAGUUGCCAGAGUCACAAAUGACACUAAUGGCAGAGAGUUCACUUUCUUCUCUGGGCAAACUCAAACUUCCAGAGAGUAGAAGAUAUCAGGAAGAUGAAAAGAUCUGCAAUUCAUCGCCAAAGAGAGAACAUGCUUCUAAAAGGAAGGGAAACAAGGGAAAAAAAUCUGGCAAGUGCGACGAGGAGAUGACUCGUGAUGACAUAGGUUUAGUUGAAGUAAAAGACAACCCAACAACAAGCAUAACAGAAAACGAAACAAAGAAACUGAACCAAAGUGACAUUGUCAUGAAUCAUGUGCCAAGGAAUGCCUGGGUUCAGUGUGAUGAUUGUCACAAGUGGAGACGUAUAUCAGCUUUCCUUGCUGAUAAAAUCGAAGAAACAAACUGCAGAUGGAUUUGCAAGGAUAAUUUGGAUAAAAACUUUUCUGAUUGCUCAACCCCUCAAGAGAAAUCAAAUGCAGAGAUCAAUGUAGAGCUAGAGCUUUCUGAUAUGUCUGGGGAGGAAGAUGUUUUUGAUACACACCUCAAUCGUGAUACUUCGGCAACAAAGUGUACUGUUUCUCAGAGCUCAACAUGGACACUGAUAAAGUGGAACAUAUUUCUGAACCGCAGCCGCAAGUCUCAGACCAUUGAUGAGGUCAUGAUAUGCCAUUGUAAGCCACCUUCAGAUGGUAGAAUAGGCUGUGGAAAUGGAUGCCUGAACCGGAUGCUAAAUAUUGAAUGUGUUCCAGGUUCCUGCCCAAGUGGCGAGCAAUGUUCAAACCAACAGUUUCAGAGACGGAAUUAUGCUAACUUGAAGUGGUAUAAAUGUGGCAAAAAGGGUUAUGGGCUGCAAAUUCUUGAAGAUGUAUCUGAAGGGUGUUUUAUCAUUGAAUACGUUGGAGAGGUGCUUGAUGUGCAUGCCUAUGAGGCGCGACAAAAGGACUAUGCACUGAAGGGUCACAAGCAUUUUUACUUUAUGACACUCAAUGGUAGUGAGGUAAUUGAUGCAUGUGCUAAAGGGAACUUGGGACGCUUUAUAAACCACAGCUGUGAUCCUAACUGCCGUACAGAAAAGUGGAUGGUGAAUGGAGAAGUUUGCAUUGGGCUCUUUGCAGUAAGGGACAUCAAGAAGGGCGAAGAGUUAACAUUUGAUUACAACUAUGUUCGUGUUUUUGGUGCUGCUGCAAAAAAAUGUGUAUGUGGUACACCUCAGUGUCGGGGUUAUAUAGGCGGUGAUCCCCAAAAUGCUGAGGUAAUCAUUCAGGACGAUUCAGAUGACGAGUUUCCCGAACCUGUUGUAAUAUGUGAAGAGGAUGACAUGUACAAUGAGUUGAGCAACAUCAAAUCUGCAUCAAGUACAUUGAUAGUUUCAGAAGAGAGAACCUCUGAGGAGCCUCAAGAAAUCAAAGAAACAUUAUUCACUAAUGAGUGCUUGAAGGAUACUGAAGAGAAUGAAACUUCACUAAAUAUAUCUUCUGCUGCCGAAACAUCUGUGAUUUUGAAUGGUUCAUGUGCACUAUCUUGCUCAUCUAUCCAACCUGCAGAAACUUCCUCAGCAUCAGAAGAUAUAACUAGUGAAACCAAUUCUGAAGCUAUACUAAAGUGCUCUGGUGAUGAAAAAGAUCUGAAGUCCUUGUGCUCUCCUGCGGAGUUGGAGAUCGUUUCUUCCGGAACCCAUACCAAGCAAUUGAAGAAAUCCAAAUCUGGAACAGUUAGGCGCAAGGUUCCUCUAGAAAAACGCCCCCGUUCUUCACCCUGCGUGAAAAAGUCCACAAGCAAUGUUGUAAAUAUCAAGGCACAGUCAGAGAUGGAAAUGCCAAAUAUGACACUCGAUAAGCCCAAAAAAGUAGCAGAAGGUUCCUUAAAUGGUCGAUUUGAAGCUGUGGAAGCAAAACUGAAUGAGUUGCUAGACCUGAAUGGUGGCAUAAGCAAGAGCAAAGAUGCACCUAGGUACUACUUAAAGCUCCUACUUUUGACUGCUGCUUCUGGGGAUAUUGGUAAUGGGGAAGCAAUUCAGAGCAACCGAGAGCUCUCUAUGAUUCUUGGUGCGCUGUUGAAGACCAAGUCAAGGACAGUUUUGGUCGACAUCAUCAAUAAGAAUGGUUUGCAGAUGUUACACAACAUAAUGAAGCGAUAUAGGAGGGAAUUCAAUAAGACACCUAUUCUUCGAAAGCUGCUUAAGGUACUGGAAUAUCUGGCAUUGAGAGAGAUCCUUACAAUUGAGCAUAUUAAUUGGGUCCCCUCUCGACCAGGAGUGGAGAGCUUUAGAGAGUCGAUCUUAGCAUUGACCGAGCACAUAGACAAACAGGUUCAUCAGAUCGCAAGAAACUUCCGAGAUAGGUGGAUACCCAAGCCACCACACAGAAAAAACAGCCGCAUGGAUAAUAGGAUUGAAUCUUGUAAUGCUAGAGAUGCUUCAGAACCAUCUGGUGCUGCUUGCAGUACCCCACAUUCAGCGCCUAAUGGGAUGAAGACCCGUAAACGUAAAAGCCGUUGGGACCAAGGACCGGACAAAGAUGAUUGUACAUGGACCACAGAGAAUGAUUUUCCUCCUGGGUUUUCACCCCACAUUGAACAUUGCACUGCAAAACAACCUGUUAUGGGACAAUGCCAAGAGCGAUUCGCUUCGCGCCUGUUAGUCUCAUAUGGGAUUCCGCUCAACUUGGUACACAAGAUUGGGGUACCCCUAAAUGGAAGCUUGGAGGGUUGGGCAGUUGCUCCGGGUGUGCCCUUCCAUCCUUUCCCACCAUUGCCUGCCUACUCACGCCCGUAAAACACUUUAUCAUCAACAAAUCUUGAUCUCUCCUAUGACUUGGGAAGCAAAUAUUUGGGGAGAAAGUAAAAGUGGAAUAUGUCUGGGAUGGAAAUACCCCGUGGUUAACCAAUUUACAUGCUCACAUGUUUAAGCGGAAGCCAAGCAUUCCUAAGGGGAGGGUUUGGUAUAUCCUUUUCACAUAAAAGUUAACUGCUUCAUUUUUCUACAGAAUGUUCUUCAGAGCCUAUGAUUUUUGUUUUGAAGUGCUCCUCCCUUGUACUAGCCUACUAGGUAAUUCUGUCACUGAAAAUGAAUAGUGCAUUGAUUAUACGUAGCACCUUUCUAUAUAUGCAUUCAAUUCAUUUUGAGGUACAGAUCCAAAUGUCCAGUGAUACACAUUCAUAUCGGUGUUGAUUUAAUUCAUUUUGAUAGUGUUGAUUUAAUUGAUUUUGAAUCUUUGAUAA